ACAAGCAACUGAGAGGACGACGACUUGCACGAAACGAACCCGUCAUAAGGUAUAUUUUGGACAUGCAAGCUAUGGCAUGCGAUGUACCCAUCCCAGAAAUGGAUUUAAUUAAUAUUAUCAUCGAUGGAAUCGGUGAUCCCAUCAACGAGGCAUGGAUUAGAUUUUCUGCAAAAUCUAUGGGCGAUUUAAAACAACUGCUGAAAAGAUAUGAGGAGAUUCGUCCACGUAAUGCUGCCACACCAUCAUCAUCAGGGUCCAUCUGCCAGCCGUUAGGAUCAUCAAGCAACCAACAAAGUGAAGUAAGAUGCUACAACUGUUCGAAAUUCGGGCAUUAUAAAAGUUCCUGCCCAAUGCCGCGUAGACCACCAGGAUCGUGCUUCAAAUGUCACCAAGCUGGACACGCUGCUCGUAAUUGCCCGAACAACAUAAUCAUUCCAUCGGCAGCAGCUCAUCACUCAGUUCAGGAUAACGUACAGCAGGAAACAUUUAAUACGGAUCUAGAAGAAUUUCAACAGGAAGCCCAGUGAGCUUUAUAGAUUCUGCUGUA